AACCGACGAACCUAGACAAGCUAACCUCUCUUUCUUCAUCCGGCUAUUGUCCACAUACUUGCAUUAUUUAUAUUUAUACACCCUCCUCCUUAUAUUUAUAUAUAGAAAUAUCUCAUAGGGCCUCACAAAGCAAACCAUUUAUCUAUCUCCUUUUAAGAGAGAGAGACAGAACUAGAGAAUAUUAAAAGAAAGAAAUUAAAUACAAAAAAAUGCCAACGUCGCUACGGUUCGAAAGAUCUUCGACCGCCGCAGAAACAGCCAACGCCACCAUCAACUCCUAUCAUCACCACCACAAACAGCCCCAGAAAGUGAGCCUCACGCGGGGGAUGGCUGAUGUGCCGGAUCACGUGGAGAUUUUCCACACCCACGUGGUUGGUCCCUCUCAGUGCUUCUCCGUCGUGGUGCAAGACGUGGACGCUUCGGCUUCCGCCGUAUGGUCGAUCCUCAGCCGAUUUGAACACCCUCAAGCGUACAAACACUUCGUCAGGAGCUGUCACGUGGCUGUUGGAGACGGCCGAGAGGUUGGGUCGGUGAGAGAGAUCCGAGUUGUCUCCGGUCUCCCAGCCGCGUUCAGCUUAGAGAGACUCGAGAUCAUGGACGACGAUCGCCACGUCAUCAGCUUCAGCGUUGUGGGUGGGGACCACAGGCUUCAGAACUACAGGUCGGUGACGACGGUGCACGAAUGUUCGUCGUCGGAUGACGGUAGAAAGAGGGCACGUGUUGUGGAGUCAUACGUCGUUGACGUACCGGCAGGUAACGAUAAGGAAGAGACUUGCAGCUUCGCAGAUACUAUCGUACGUUGCAACUUGCAAUCGCUGGCUAAACUCGCCGAGAACCUACCUAAGUUAUCAUAGUUACAUUUGUUUGAUUAGUUAUUUUGUUUUGUUUUCUAUAAUUCUCUCUUUCAAAAUUUAUCAUCUUUUUUUCUCGAGGACGGUUUGGGUUCUGGAUUAGUUAAUGUGCCCAUGUGGCUUUUAGAGACUACAAAAAUAGUGGUUUUGGUUUUUCGAAGUUAGGGUUUUGGGUUUGUUAAGUGUUCGUGUACUUGUUUACCCUUAAGACCAUUUCUUCUUGAUGAACUUUUUUGUAUAGUCUCUUGUAGCUUUAACAAACCAAACACUGAUUGUUUAGUUUCUGUUUUGUUCGUAAUUAAUAUUCUUCUUGCCCAGAUAGUUUACAUAA